GUCUACGUGCAGUUUUAGGCUUUCAGUUAUCAUCUUCUCCAUCUUCUUGCGAUCUAAUUGCAUACGAAAGCAUCGAUCGAAACUACUGUUUGGAAAAUAAAUUACAAGGAAAUGGGGCAAGGACAGGAAGUGAAGACCAAAACCCAACCCAAACUAGAGAUUCAGGAAAGAGGGGAGAUAUUCUUCUUUUACAGGCCUAAGGUGGGGAAGGAGAAAGUAGGGAGCGCAGAGGACGUGCAGAGAUUGUACAUCUUUCUUCGGCCGGAGUCCGGCGAGAGGUGCGUGGAGGAGAAGCAGGACCCUUCCUCCGGCAAGGAAGGAACCAAAAAUGAAAACUCUGCUUCUCAUGAAAGUAGCAGUACAGAGGGUGGACAUGGUACCCAGGAAGUAAACAUUGAGAAGGAGCCUUUGUUGCGGCUUGUGGUGAUGGGUCGGAAAAGCCUGCCUAACCCAAGCCAGAAAGGCCGACCCUACUGGGGUUUUGUAGAUAUGGUCACCACAAAGAUUGAAGAUGUCAAGACUGCUCUUGAAGGAGAGGAGUACGAAACUGCAACAAGAGGACACCGACAUAAAUCUGCAGCAAGGGCGUUGGGAGAAGGCAUUUACCGCAUUUUAAGGCACAACCCGGACAAGAGGGCGCACACACAUUUGAUCUACAAACUCGAACUCCUGCCAGAAGACAAAGAGAAUGAGCCUGAGCCUCAGGAGUCGCUUAAUGUCGAGCGGGAAGGCUCAUUCCUCGUACAAAUAAAGAACCCAGAACAACCGGGCAGCUCCCAGUUCAGAGGACUUCAGAGAAAACGCAAGGCUGUCUUCCCCGCCCACCUGCAAGGAAAGUUCGGGCGAUUGCGGUUCAUCCCGGCUGAUCCACCGGACUUUUUGAACUACGAAGGGUGUAAGCUUUUGCUCAUAUCGGCUUCAGACGACAUGGAGGAGGAGCUGGGGCUGGAGCUGAAGGCAGAAAUUGGCGAGCCAGAUGAAUCGUGUUCCGAUUUGGUGAAGUCUUUUGGGGAGACUGCAUCUACAAGUGCCCUUCUCAGGGGCUCUUGGGCCUAAAUAUCAAUUAAGGUUUCUGGAGAGAACACCUGCCUUCAGAGUUUUGACCCCCAACCAAAAAAUGAGGUGGUGUGUUCUUUUUCGUUGGGACUCUGCAUGCCAGUAUUAGGAGAGCUGUCAGCUGUGUGUUCACUUUUGCGCUUUCUAGCCACAUGGAUGGUGAGAUCUUUUGUACUAGCAUCCUUUGUGGAUGUUAAACUUUUAAGUGCUUUGUAUGUGUCCAGAAAUGAAAAUACAAUUUUCUUUACAACCCAAA